UCCGCAGCUCGGCCUCUGCGGCAAGCUCCUUUCCUCCGGUUCACUGCCAAGGCGCUCUUGCUGCUUCUCUGAGUCGCUUACAAAACCCUCUGCUAGGGGUUGCUUAAUCCGGGGGAAGAAUGCGUGUGGCAAGCGAGGGCAGCAGGCCAGCGACCGAUAGGGCACAGGGAGGACAGGCCUUUCCUCCCUGCUCAGUCGGAGCCCGGAAGUGGAGCAGAGCGGACUAAGGCCCGGGAGCCGUUCUGAAUCCAGCCCGGCCGAGGGGGAAUGAACUGAGGUGGAGCAGGCCCCGGGCGGCCCCACGACACCAUGGCAGACGGGGACUCGCUGCUGGUGGCCGAGUGGCUGAUGGCCCUGCACCUGGAGCAGUACACGGACAACUUUGAGAAGAGCGAGCUCUGGAAGGUGUCCGACUGCCGGGGCCUGACGGACGCGGCGCUGACCCGCCUGGGCAUCGUGCUGCCCGGACACCGCAAGCGCAUCCUCUCUGGGCUGCACAAAGCCUUCGCCGAGGCGCCGCCGGCCGGGGAAGCCCCCGUGCUGCCCGCCCGGAGGCCGGUGCCCAUGAAACGCCACAUCUUCCGGGCCAGCGCGGGUCAGGCGGAGCAGGACGUCAAGGGGGACCCUACGGCACCAGCCUGCAGGAAGCCGGUGCCCAUGGAGCCGGAGCUCCCCUCCGGUCCCGGCUUGGUGCCCCCACCCAUCCCGCCCCGGGUGGGCUGUCGCCCUCCGGUCAAGUUCUCCCCUCCGGCACCGCCCGUCUUAGCUGAGGUCCACUCCGCGGUCCAAGCCGAGCCGCCCGACCUCAGCCCUCCGCCCCCGUCCCCCCUGCCCGCCAUGGACAGCUCGAUGCCGGCGCCAGCAUUUGCUGAAGGGAAGGGAAAGCCGCCUUUGCCCCCUCUGCCAGUGAAGCGGCACCAGCUGGGGGCCAAGGCCAUGUCCCAGAAGCUGCCUGAGUUGCUCAGCCGCCCGCCCGUGCUGCCUCCCCGGGCCGUGUCCCAGAAGGUGCCCUCCAGCUUUCUGGCAAUAGAAGAGCCAGCAUCCCCCAAGACGGUGCCCAGUGCCCCACCUGCCCUGCUGCCCCGGGUGAAACCACCGCAGCUCCCACCCGAGCUGCCUGCCAAGCCGCCCUUGCUCUUUCUGCCCGAGUUCGACGACUCGGACUAUGAGGAGCCAUGGGAGGACGAAGUAGUGGCUCCGGUUGGAGACAUGGCUGACAAGGGGGAGGCUGAGACCAUGAGGGAGUUGCCGCGCACUGAGAGACCCAGCAGCCUCUUCAGCGAUGAUGAGUUCAUCGAGGAACACUACGAGCCUCCUCCUGCCAAUGGAGGCAGCUGUUGGAGUGACUACGGUCUGAGCACCCUCCAGCCCAGUCCCCGCCUGUCCUUGGGCAGCUCCAGCUGGAACAGCGGCAGCAUGGACGUCUCGGACCCCCUGGCCCAGCUCACGCCCAUCAUCAAAGCUGGCUGGCUGGACAAGAACCCUCCCCAGGGGUCCUACAUCUACCAGAAGCGCUGGGUGAAGCUGGAAGCCGACUACCUCCGCUAUUUUGACAGCGAAAAGGAUGCCUACUCCAAGCGCUUCAUCCCGGUGACCUCCAUCACCCGCGUGACCGCCAUCGGGGACCAGAAGUUCGAGGUGAUCACGACCAACAGGAACUUUGCCUUCCGGGCGGAGAGCGACGGGGAGAGGAGCGAGUGGAUAAGGACCCUGCAACAGAUAGUGGACGAGCGCAAGGUGAAGGGCACGGAGAAGAUGUCCACGUUGCAGCUGGACGCCGCGGACAAGUUCGGCUUCCUGGAGCUGCGGGGCUUUAAAAACAAGCUCUUCGUGGUGGUGGUGGGAGACAAGGUCUUUCUCUACAAGAACAUGGAGGAUUGCCGGCUGGGGAUCGGGAUCACUUACAUCGAGAUGAACGUGGGGAAUGUGAAGGACGUGGACCGGAGGGGCUUCGAUCUGACAACCCCCUACAGGGUCUUUAGCUUCUCGGCGGACUCGGACCAGGAGAAGGAGGAGUGGGUGGAGGCCAUGCAGCAUGCCAUUGCCGAGGCCCUCUCCAACUCGGAGGUGGCCGAGAGGAUCUGGGCCACGGAGUCGAACCGGUUCUGUGCCGACUGUGAGGCGCCGCAGCCCGACUGGGCCUCCAUCAACCUCUGCGUCGUCAUCUGCAAGAGAUGUGCAGGAGAGCACCGGGCGCUGGGCCCCGGCAUUACCAAAGUGCGGAGCCUGAAGAUGGACAGAAAGGUGUGGACGGAGGAGCUGAUCGAGCUCUUCCAGCAGAUCAGCAACGCCGUGUCCAACCAGUUCUGGGCAGCCAAUGUGCCCCCCAGCGAGGCCAUCAAUGCCACCAGCGGGACCCACGAGAGGCGGCACUUCCUUAACGCCAAGUACCGGGAGGGCAAGUACCGGCGCUACCACCCGCUCUUCGGGAACCAAGAGGAGCUCAACAAGGCCCUGUGCACGACGGUGACAACCAGCGACCUGGCGGAGACCCAGUCCCUGGUGUUCUGCGGGGCCGAGGUGACCUGCUUCACCGGGGACCCCGACUUCCCGACCCCCAUCGCCUUGGCUGAACAGGCUGAGCAGAGGCUGCAGGUGGAGUUUCUGCUCCAUAACAAAACUUCAGAGAUCCCCCGGCUGGAGAUGCUGAACAGCGAGGACAAGCACUACUCGGUGGUCCUGCCGACCGUCACCCACAACGGCUUCCUCUACAAGACGCCCUCCAUGGCCAAGCCCGUGCACGAGCGCAAGGCUCGGGAAGAGUUCAGCCGCCGGUGGUGCGCCCUCAACGACAGCGUCCUCAGCUACUACGAGAACGACCGCAACGCCGUGCCCAACGGCGAGAUCCGGAUGAGCGAGAUUGUGUGCCUGGCCACCCACCCACCCGACACCCACGGGUUCGAGAGCACGUUCGAGGUCUUCAUCGAGUCAGAGAGGCUCUACCUGUUUGGGCUGGAGAGCGCCGAGGCCGCGCGGGACUGGGUGAAGUCCAUUGCCAAGUCCUUCCUGCCGCUGGUGGCCGAGCCGCUGCUGAACCACGACUUUGAGCGCAUCGGGCGGCUGCACUACAAGGGCGGGCUCAGCCUGCAGCGGGCCAAGGAGGGCUGGUUCGCGCUGGCCCAGUCCACCCUGUACACCUGCUUCGAGGACAGCGAGAAGGAGGAGGCCGUCCAGCUCAGGAAGCUGCAGGAGCUGUCCAUCCAAGGAGACAACGAGGUGUUGGUGCUGGUGGAGAGGCGCAGGACGCUGUACAUCCAGGGGGAGCGGAAACUGGACUUCCUGGGAUGGGUCACUGCCAUCCAGAAGGCAGCCGGGAGCUCAGGUGACACGCUGUCUGAGCAGCAGCUCACUGAAGCCGACGUGCCCCUCAUUGUGGACCGGUGCAUCGACUACAUCACGCAGUACGGGCUGACGUCGGAGGGCAUCUACCGCAAGAGCGGGCAGAACUCCAAGACAACGGGGCUGCUGGAGAUGCUGCGGCGGGACGCACGCAGCGUGCGGCUCAAGGAGGGCGAGCACCAGGUGGAUGACGUCUCCAACACGCUCAAGCGCUUCUUCCGCGACCUGGGCGAUGGGCUCUUCACCCGGGACGGCUGCCAGGGCUGGCUGAGGGCCACAGCCCUUGAGAGGGAGGAGGAGCGGAUCAGCGAGUACCGCCGGCUCCUGAAUGGGCUCCCCACUGUGAACAGAGCCACCGUGAAGGCCCUCAUCAACCACCUGUACCGGGUGCAGUGCUUCUCCGACGAGAACCAGAUGACUACGCACAACCUGGCCAUCGUCUUCGGGCCCACGCUCUUCCAGACAGAUGGGCAGGACUACAAAGCGGGUCGCGUGGUAGAGGACCUCAUCAGCCACUAUGUGGUCAUCUUCAGCGUGAAUGAGCAAGAGAUGAGGCGGCAGCAAGACGAGAUCACGGCCAUCUUCAAGAUGCGGGUCGCGGGCUCCUCCAGCGGCACCCAGCAUGCCGGGGACUUCAUCUGCACCAUCUACCUGGAGGAGAAGAAGACGGAGGCAGAGCAGCACGUCAAGGUCCCGGUCUCUAUGACGGCGGAGGAGCUGACUUUCGAGAUCCUGGACCGGCGGAAGAUUGUCACGAAGGAGAAGGAUUACUGGAGCUGCUUUGAGGUCAACGAGCGGGAGGAGGCAGAGCGCCCAUUGCACUACUCGGAGAAAGUCCUGCCCAUCCUGCACUGCCUGGGGACGGACAGCUACCUGGUGGUGAAGAGGCAGGUCUCCAUGGAGAGCAUGCUCCUCUACUUGGCCAGCCGCGUGGGCGACAGCAAGCACGGCAUGAUGAAGUUCAGGGAGGAGCGCAACCUGCUGGGGCUGGGGCUCAGCACCGGCUUUCACGACCGCUACUUCAUCCUCAACCACAGCUGCCUGCGGCUCUACAAGGAAGUGCGGAGCCUGAAGCAGCGGAUCCUCAUGGUGGAAGAUAGCCACAGGCCGGAGAAGGAGUGGCCGGUGAGGAACCUCAGAGUCUACCUGGGAAUCAAGAAGAAGCUUCGCCCGCCUACCUGCUGGGGCCUCACGGUGUUUUACGAGAACGAGAAGCACGAGAAGCAGCAGUGGUACCUGUGCUGCGACACCCAGAUGGAGAUGCGGGAAUGGUUUGCCACCUUCCUCUUCGUGAAGAACGGCGGGAACGUGUGGCCGUCAGAGCCCUCCAGGGCACGAGCGUUGCGGGCGCCGCCGGACUCCAGGUUGGGUAACAUCUCGCUCAUCCCACUGCGGGGCAAUGAGAACGAGAUGAGGAACAGUGUGGCUGCUUUCGCUACUGAUCCACUAACCCUCCUUCGGGACGUGUGAGCUGGACGCCUGACACUCCAGGUUCGUUUCCAGUGAGGGACCCGGCAGAGAGUUUGGGCACUCGCAGAGCCCAUCGCAGGGUCCACACCGGCACUGGGGGGCUCUCAGGACGUGCCCACCGGCUCCAUCUCCUUCCUCCCACCCCUUCUCAAGGUGCCGCCACCUGCCGCGAUGAGCAGAGCCCUUUGGAGGGAAAACACCGGGGAACAGACCCCGGAGCCGUCAGCGCCUCCCCGACCCAGACCCAGGGUCCCCCAGUGCCAGCUGCCGCUUGCUUCCUCCUGUGCCCUAGACCAACACUAGAUGGGCAUGGGCUGGAACGGCGCUGCCAGCCCCCGUGGGGCUCAGGGCACCUCUGGGUCUGCAGGAGGUUUCCGCUGCCUCGAUCCUAAAUUCCCCCCUCGGUUUCAAUGGAGAGGCCCUGGGGAUGCUGCGGACAGCCUGGGGGAGCCCUGCCCAUGGGCCUUGCCAGUGUGCCAGGGGCCAGUGGAAGCAUUAAGGACGUUUUUGGGGCCGAGCUGUUGGUCACUACUUCAGAGGAGAAGCCACCGAAGGAUGAGGCCGAGGCCUCCCACGGACACAGUGGCCUCGUUGGUGCUUGGUGCCCACUUCUCUCCAUCUCCUGCUCUCUCUGGGCAAGCAUUGCAGGUGGGGCACCGAGGCCAUCGGCUCACACCCAGCUGGGGGGAGCUGCAGUAGCAGCGCCCCUCUGAAGAGACUGUGCAGGGGAUGCUGGCUUGAGCUGGGCAUGGGGGGCUCAGCCCUGGGUUUCCAGUGUGUCCGGCCUCCCCCCCCCGACCCUCCCUGGUGCCGGGGAACUGCAAACUGUGGGUGGAGUGGCUGAGAGCCGGGGACGGGGCAGGCCCCUGCCCAGCAGUACCUCUUGUGGGUCAUAUUAAAUAUGUUGGGAAGCUGG